AAUAAUAAAAAAGCCAACAAGAUGUCAGACGACGAGUUUAUGUGUGGUGACGAUGAGGAAGAAUACGAUUUGGUGUAUUCUGAGGAAAGUAACUCUGAGCCAGAUGUUGAUCUAGAAAACCAGUAUUAUAACUCAAAAGCACUCAAAGAAGAUGAUCCAAAAGCAGCUUUGGAAAGUUUUCAAAAGGUUCUUGAACUUGAAGGCAAGGAAAAGGGAGAAUGGGGAUUUAAAGCUUUAAAGCAAAUGAUUAAAAUCAAUUUUAGAUUGAACAAUUAUGAUGAGAUGAUGAUAAGAUACAAACUGCUUCUGACCUACAUAAAAUCUGCUGUAACAAGGAACUACUCAGAGAAAUCAAUCAAUUCAAUUUUGGAUUAUAUUUCAACUUCAAAGCAGAUGGAACUGUUACAAGACUUCUAUGAAACAACUUUAGAUGCUCUAAAGGAAGCAAAAAAUGAAAGGCUGUGGUUUAAAACCAACACAAAACUUGGAAAGCUGUAUUAUGACAGGGGGGACUAUCCUAGGUUACAGCGUAUCUUGAAGCAGCUACAUCAGUCUUGCCAGACAGACGAUGGUGCUGAUGACUUAAAAAAAGGAACCCAGCUGUUGGAGAUUUAUGCCUUGGAAAUCCAGAUGUACACAGCUCAGAAAAACAACAAAAAAUUAAAGGCACUUUAUGAACAAUCAUUACAUAUUAAGUCAGCUAUUCCUCAUCCACUGAUCAUGGGAGUUAUUCGAGAAUGUGGUGGAAAAAUGCAUUUAAGGGAAGGGGAAUAUGAGAAAGCACAUACAGAUUUCUUUGAGGCAUUCAAAAACUAUGAUGAAUCAGGCAGUCCAAGGAGAACCACUUGUCUUAAAUAUCUUGUUCUGGCCAACAUGCUUAUGAAAUCUGGCAUCAACCCAUUUGAUUCACAAGAAACAAAACCAUAUAAGAAUGAUCCAGAGAUAUUGGCAAUGACUAAUCUAGUCAGUGCCUACCAGAAUAAUGAUAUUAAUGAUUUUGAAAAAAUACUGAAAACUAACAGACAGAAUAUAAUGGAGGAUCCUUUUAUUAGAGAACAUAUUGAAGAUCUUUUAAGAAAUAUCCGUACCCAGGUACUAAUCAAACUAAUCAAGCCAUAUACAAGAAUUCAUAUUCCUUUCAUUUCAAAGGAAUUAAAUAUAGAUGCAGUUGAGGUGGAAAACCUGUUAGUUUCAUGUAUUUUAGAUAAUACAGUGAAUGGAAGGAUAGAUCAGGUGAACCAAGUGCUUGAACUGGAUCGUGAAUCCACUGGAACUGCUCGUUAUAAUGCCCUGGAUAAAUGGACAACCCAGUUACAGAGCCUUCACCAAGCCGUGACCAGCAAAAUUGCUUAGUUGUCCACUUGUUUGGUAUCUAACUGGCAGAAGGAUGAAAGCUUUUAUAUCAGAUGAUCAUUUUAUAAAGGAUACCUUUUAGAUGCAGUGUUCACUCACUUUCCAGUGUCCCAACAUCAUGCUAUUUUAUGUAUCUGAAUGUUAAAACUGUAAAUAAAUGGUCUUAAUGAUUUCAGUUUUGUUUUGGUACA